UGUAGAGAGAUAAAUACUUUUUUUAUUUUAUUAUAUUUUUGUCAAAUUCCAAAAUUUCCAUAAAUAAUUGUUAAAUCAAAUUGUUCUCUCUCUUCUCAUUCUCGUGUCCCGCUUUCUGUCUCUGUCACUCUCUCGUCUCCGGCCUCCGUGCCGCCGCCCUCGCCGGCUUGCCCAACCCCUUCAUCUCCGUCCUCGCCGACUCGCCCAGCCUUCCCCGUCGCCCGGCCUCCUCCUUGGACCAGCAUAAGUUUGGUCGUUAAAGCGCAAUGGUGGCGAAGAAAGGGAGCAGAGGAGGAACGGUAGGCGAAGAUGCGGAGGAGGAACUAUCACGCGUCCCCCUGCAGGCCAUUCUCUUGGCCGAUAGCUUUGCUACACUCUUCCGCCCUAUCACCCUCGAACGCCCUAAGGUAUUGCUACCACUGGUCAAUGCACCUAUGAUCGAAUAUACAUUGGCGUGGCUCGAGGCUGCUGGAGUUGAGGAGGUUUUUGUGUUUUGUUGCGCUCAUUCCAAGCAAGUGAUUGACUAUUUGGAAAAUUCCAACUGGCUCAAUCAGCCAAACUUUUCUGUUGCAACAAUAGAGUCUUACAAUGCCAUGAGUGCUGGAGAUGCUCUAAGGCUGAUAUAUGAAAGGCAUGUGAUACGCGGAGAUUUCAUUCUUGUUACUGGGGAUACUGUGAGCAAUAUGCCACUAACCCAGGUUCUUAAAGAACACAAAGAUAGAAGGAAAAAGGAUAGCAAUGCAGUAAUGACUAUGGUAAUCAAACAGUCAAAGCCAUCUCCAAUAACACAUCAAUCUCGUCUUGGAACAGAGGAGCUGUUUAUGGCAAUUGACCCUGAAACGAAGGAGCUCUUGUAUUAUGAGGAUAAGGCUGAUACAUCAAAAGGGACUAUCACUCUGGACAAGACAAUGUUACUUGAUCGUUCUUCUAUGUCUCUUCACAAUGAUAAGCAGGAUUGCUAUAUUGACAUAUGCUCCCCAGAAGUUCUGAGUCUUUUCACAGACAAUUUUGACUAUCAGCAUUUACGCCGUCAUUUUGUCAAGGGGUUACUUGUUGAUGAUCUUAUGGGUUACAAAAUUUUCACCCAUGAAAUUCAUUCAAGUUAUGCAGCAAGGGUGGAGAACUAUAGGAGCUACGACACUAUUAGUAAAGAUAUAAUACUGAGGUGGACUUAUCCUUUUGUUCCCGACAUUCAGUUUCAUCGGAAUAAUCUGACAAAGCUUGGAAGACAGGGAACUUAUCGGGCUUCAGACAUAGGGCUCUCUCGUUCUGCUAAAAUGGGCCCUUUUACUGUUAUUGGAAGUGGCACCACUAUUGGACAGCACUCAGAAGUUUCCAAUUCUGUCAUUGGUGAAGGCUGUAAAAUUGGAUCAAAUGUUUCAAUUGAUGGAUGUUACAUUUGGAAUAAGGUGAACAUUGAGGAUGGAUGUAGAUUAAAGCAUGCAAUUGUGUGUGAUGGGGUGACCAUGAAGUCUGGAGCGGUUCUUGAAGCUGGUGUCGUAUUAUCUUUCAAGGUUGUAAUUGGGCAAAAUUUUGUUGUGCCUGCUUACUCGAAGGUUUCUCUACUCCAACAGCCUGUCAAACAAGACAGCGAUGAAGAGCUGGAAUAUGCUGAUAAUAGCAGUGGGAACAUAGAAAUUGCAUCAGUACUUAAUACUCCUGAAGUGUUGGAGGAGGAGUUGAUUACUGAGGUAUCUGAUUCACAAAUUCAGGUUGGUGGGGUUGGUUUUAUUUGGUCAGUUGGUGAGAAAGGCCUUGAAGAAGAAUGGAGGCAUUCAGUGGCACCAAUUCCUGCCGAUCGACUUGUUGAAAUAAUCAAUUCUGCAACUGAUGAACUGGAGAUAUCAAAUGCAGAAGGCAACAUUCUUCCACCUUCAGGAGAGCUGGGACUCGAUUCUGAUAAUGAGUCUGAUGAUGUUAGAGAUGAUUAUGCCCAUUUCGAAGAGGAGGUUGAAGCAACUUUUCUAAGGACUAAAAAUGAAAAUAUCGAAGAAGAACAUCUAAUAUUAGAAGUUAACUCGCUGAGGUUGUCAUACAAUCUGGCUGCUGCUGAUUGUGCUGGUGCUUUAUUCUAUGCAAUGAUGAAGUCGGCAGUGGACACUCCACAUGAUUCUCCAAAUGAGCUUAUAAAAAUUGCUACUGGUGUGAUUGCAAAAUGGAAAAAUCUUUUGAAGUAUUACUUGCCAAGCUUAGAUGAAGAGAUUGAGGUGAUAUUGAAAUUUGAAGAAAUGUGUUUAGAGUCUACAAAAGAAUUUUCACCACUAUUUGUCCAGAUUUUGCAUUAUCUAUACGACAUAGAGAUUUUGCAAGAAGAUGCUAUACUAAAUUGGGCAUCAGAAAAGGAACAGGCAGAUGAGUCGGAUAAAUUUUUUCUGAAGCAGGCAGAGAAACUCAUACAGUGGUUCCAUGUGGCAUCUGAAGAAGAAGAUUGAGGGUAAACAGAGUGGGGAAACACGUUCUUGCUUGUUGCUAGCUAGGUGCAAUGUGAUGGAAAUCGAGCUCAAUCUUUGAAUUCGAUAGUUUUUCGUAUAUUUUUCAGUUGAAACUAUAUUCAGUUUAUGUUCAAGAUUCUACGAUAUGUGUACUUGGUUUUAAAUAAUUACUAAUACGUCUUUCCGUGUAAUACACAGAUCAUGAUAUAUUUAUUUAUUUAUUUUUAAAAUUUUAAA